CCUUACAAUUUAAUACCAAAAAUGGUUUUAAAGAACAAUCUAGAAAAAACAUUAAGGGUCUUGGAAUCUAGAAUUGAGGAAUUAGAGCAAAAUAACGAAGGGUUACGUUCACAAUUCAAAUAUUUGGAAGAAAAGGUAGAAGAAUCCAAAGAAACUUUAUGUAAUUUAGAAGCAAAGGUUAGAGAACGAGAAGAAGAAGCCAAAGCCAAGCAAGAAACUAUUAGUAAUUUAGAAAAAAAUGCUAGAGAACGAGAAGAAGAAGCCAAAGCCAAGCAAGAAACUAAUAGUAAUUUAGAAGAAAAUGCUAGAGUACGAGAAGAAGAAGCUAGAACCAAGCAAGAAACUAAUAGUAAUUUAGAAGAAAAGGUUAGAGAACUAAAAGAA